AUGGCGGAUCUCCAAAAUCAGCUUCGAGAAUGCCAGCUGGGGUCACAACCCAUUCACGAGCAAUUACUUGAAUUACAAAAUCUAGUGGAAUUAUGCAGAUUGCAAAUCGCAACACAAUUAGGACCACCAUCACCGGGUGUUAAGUCGGAAGGCAAUCCAUACAAUUCCAAGGGUGCUAAUUCUAAAAACGAAACAAUAGGGAAUGAGAUAGGAAACACACCGUCUCUAGAGAACAUUCCUCUGAACUUAGAGAGGAACUUUUCUUUCAAUCCGUUAUUGCAACAACAAUGCAAAACUGCCGUGAAAUACAGCGCACCGAGACCGCAGAAGGAUACCACACUUAACCGACGAAAUCGCGCAUUUAAGCAGAUGGAAAACCAAGCAGCUCGGCAGCAGCAGAACAUCGCGCCGGAAAUUGCAUCCCUUCAGCCACCAAACGUUCUGACUACAGUAUGUGAACGUGAUCAGCUUCGAAACUGGGGGGAGCCCCCUCUAGAAUCGAAAUUCCCGCAGAAGUGUCACGCAAGAGAAAUUCAACAAAUAUUUCCACCCUCAGUAGAAGUUCCAAUCGAAGCCGCGCGAAGUAUGCAUGGAGAGACAUCUCGUCAACCACUCGAGGCCCAUCACCAAGAAUCUGAUGUCGAGAAAAAUAGAAGAAUUCCGAGACCAGUACAACCGCUAGCUUUAGGAGGAAUACUGAUUCGAGAACCAACACCGCAACAAUUAGCAGCGAGACAUGUUCUCCCACGCGAAUUGCCUACAUUUUCCGGGAAUCCAGCUGAUUGGCCAGUAUUCAUCAGUAACUACAAGUACACUACCGAAGCUUGUGGUUACAGUGACGGCGAAAAUAUGAUUCGCCUUCAACGCUGUCUAAAGGGUGCUGCGUGGGAGUCAGUGCAAAGCAGAUUGAUUUUGCCGGCGUCAAUUCCACAAGUAAUCGAAGCGCUGAGAAUGCGUUAUGGUCGUGCGGAACUACUAAUCGAAUCCCUUAUCGAUAAAACCAAGUCAGCACCAUCGCCACGAUCUGAUCGACUGGAAACGCUAAUCGAAUUUGGAAUGAUGGUUCAAGCUCUCUGCGAUCAUAUCAUAGCUGCAGAUCUUCCGGAACAUCUGGCAAAUCCGACGUUGUUGAAGGACUUAGUCACUAAGCUGCCAGCUGAUUGCAAAAUGCAGUGGGCGGGUUACCGCAGACAUCAAGGUGUGGUGAACUUGAGAACGUUCGGCAAUUUCAUGGAGGAGAUUUUUAACAAUGCUUGUAGUGUAUCAUCUGUACAGAUUCACGAACCUAAGUUGGACCGUUCUAAGAUGCGUGAUAGGCACCUAGUGCAUUCCGAGACCGCGGGAAACGACCCGGAAAACGAGUGCAAUCUUACUAACCCAGUCGAAAUGACAAAACCCACUGAAUGUGCUGUUUGUCAAGGAGAAGGUCACCGUACUAUAAAUUGCAAGAUUUUUCUAGCACUUCCAGUCGACGAACGUUGGAGGAAGCUCCUCGAGUUGAAACUGUGCCGAACGUGUCUUUACGCACACGGCCGUCGGGCAUGUCGAAGUACUCAACGAUGCGAAGUUGAUGGAUGCCAAGCACGUCACCAUCGUCUUCUCCAUUCGUCCAAUAGAGAGAGGGACACCAGUGCAUGGAAAGUUGGCGAAACUGUGCAGUACCACAUCCCCAAAUCAAUUGCACCUUCUCUGUUUUUUCGCAUUCUACCCGUUACUCUGCAUAGUGGACGAAAAUCUGUCAGCACUUUUGCGUUUUUAGACGAAGGGUCAUCCUUAACUAUGAUAGAGAAAAGUUUGGCGGCAGAGUUGGGAGUAACAGGAUAUGCUAAGCCCCUAUGCCUUAAAUGGACGAGUAAUGUCACCCGAGAAGAGCCGAACUCACAACGUGUAACAUUCGAAGUUUCCGGCGAGGAAAAGGGUAAACGCUUCAUGAUGAGAGACGUAGGUACCAUUGAAUCGUUGGAUUUGCCAAUGCAGAACGCACCGAUAGAGAAACUGGUUAAGUGCUACAACCAUCUGAAGGGCCUGCCGAUUAGAAGUUAUCGAAACGCUAUUCCGCAGCUUUUAACAGGAGUAGACAAUCUGCGGCUGAUCGUUCCACUCAAGGUUCACGAAGGAGUAGAAGGAAGUCCAACUGCGACCAAAACACGGCUAGGGUGGUGUAUCUAUGGCGGUCAAGGAAACAUAGAAUAUCAUCCACGAAAUUACCACGUUUGCGAAUGUGGAGGAGAGUCGGAGUUUAACGAUGCGAUCAAGAAAUAUUUUUCAUUCGAAGAAACUGGCGUUAAAUCAGUUACCAGCGUAGCGUCAGAAGAGGAUAAACGGGCUUUGCGCAUCAAGAAACAGACAACAGUACACGUGAAGGAUCGGUAUGACUCGGGACUGUUGUGGAAAUUUGACAAAUUCGAGUUUCCUGAUAGUUAUCCGAUGGCAUAUAAACGGCUACAAUGUUUGGAGAGACGUAUGGCGAAAGACCCAGCACUGAGAGAGAACAUUGAACGACAACUUAAAGAGUAUCAGGCGAAAGAAUACGCACAUCGUGCUACUCCAGAAGAGCUGGCUAGUGCUGACCCUCGGCGUACAUGGUACCUUCCAUUGGGAGCAGUAAUGAAUUCCAACAAACCAGGAAAAAUGCGUCUAAUAUGGGACGCAUCCGCCAAAGUUGAUGGCGUAUCCCUGAAUACAUUCCUGCUUAAAGGUCCAGAUCAAGUAACAUCAUUGCCUACAAUUCUAUUUCGCUUCCGACGAUACCGGGUGGCAGUGAGCGCAGACAUAAAAGAAAUGUUCCAUCAGGUGAAAAUCAGGCCCGAGGACCGUCACGCGCAGCGCUUUCUUUGGCGAUCAAAUCCAACAGCAGAACCGGAGGAAUUCUUAAUGGAUGUCGCCACGUUCGGAUCGACAUGUUCACCCGCAACAGCGCAAUACGUUAAAAAUACAAACGCCCAACUGUUUGCACAAACAUUUCCACGAGCUGUUGAAGGAAUUGUACUUAGCCAUUAUGUAGACGACUACCUUGAUAGUUUCCACGACGAGAUUGAAGCGAAACGAGUGGCGUGUGAGGUUGAAAAUAUCCACGAUUACGGCGGAUUUGAUCUCCGCAAUUGGUGUUCCAACAGUUUGGACGUACUGCAGCAUCUAGGAUAA